AUGGUUUUUGCUCACAGAAUGGACCACGGCAAGCCACCUUUGCCUGUCCCUACACUUGUGGCGACUCUGCAGAACCACAGCUGCACUGAGACGGCUGUGCCCGUGUCCAGCCAGGACCUGCCGGGAUUGUACGCAGAGGAGCACGGUGUGAGCAGCAACAAGUCAGACCUGCAGUACAGACUGGGGCCCGGGGAAGUGGCCACGGCUAGCAUUUUCUUCGGGGCUCUGUGGUUGUUCUCCAUCUUUGGCAACUCACUGGUCUGCCUGGUCAUCCACAGGAGCAGGAGGACUCAGUCCACCACCAACUACUUCGUGGUCUCCAUGGCCUGUGCGGACCUCCUCCUCAGCGUGGCCAGCACGCCUUUUGUCCUGCUCCAGGUCACCACGGGAAGGUGGACCCUGGGCAGCGCCACGUGCAAGGUCGUGCGGUACUUGCAGUACCUCACUCCGGGCGUCCAGAUCUACGUCCUGCUGUCCAUCUGUAUUGACCGUUUCUACACCAUCGUGUACCCACUGAGCUUCAAGGUGUCCCGAGAAAAAGCCAAGAAAAUGAUCGCAGCCUCAUGGGUGUUCCACGCGGCCUUCGUGGCCCCCGUGUUCUUUUUGUAUGGCUCCAGCUGGGACAGUCGCUGCAGCUACUUCCUCCCGUCCUCCUGGGGAGGGACCACCUACACCGUCCUCCACUUCCUGGUGGGCUUUGUCAUUCCAUCCAUCCUCAUCGUCUUGUUUUACCAGAAGGUCGUCAAGUACAUCUGGAGAAUCGGCUCUGAUGGCCGCACAGUGAGGAGGACGAUGAAUGUUGUCCCCAGGACAAAGGUGAGGACAGUCAAGAUGUUCCUCCUCCUAAACCUCUUCUUCCUGUGCUCCUGGCUGCCUUUCCACGUGGCUCAGCUCUGGCACCCGCACGAGCAAGACGACAGGCAAAGCUCCCUGGUCUUCACAGCCGUCACGUGGUUAUCCUUUAGCUCGUCAGCCUCCAAGCCCACCCUGUACUCAAUUUAUAACGCUAACUUUAGGAGGGGGGUGAGAGAGACCUUCUGCAUGUCCUCCAUGAAAUGCUACCGGAGCAACGCCUACACUAUCACAACGAGUUCAAGGAUGGCCAAAAAAAACUAUGUCGGUAUUUCCGAAAUCCCUCCCAUGGCCAAGUCCAUAACCAAAGACGCCAUCUAUGACUCAUUCGACAGAGAAGCCAAGGAAAAGAAGCUGGCGUGGCCCAUUAACUCAAACCCGCCAAAUACGUUUGUCUAA